AUAAAUCUUUCGAAUUACAGAUUGCUAAUAAUAGCUAUUUCAUUUUGAUACCAUGCAUUAUGUAUCAUGAGGUUUGCAUGUAGCUUCAUCUGGAUUUCGAGGGGAUUAAACGACACUAAAAGUAUGUCACACAUAUGAAACAUUUUGAGGUCACGUCUGAGUCUAUUAUGUAAAUUUAAAUGUGAUCCCCACAUUUAAAAAAUGCCUAAAUACAGGGUUUUAUCGAUGACAAAUGGUUGUAUAUUUAGUUUUCUUUCAAACGCGCGUCAAGGAAAGCGACUGGCGACGGGACCGCGCGUGUCAUGAAUAUGUAAUGAGCGGAUUGUGACGUAUGCAACACGGAAGUACUGUUUUGAGCUGUAGCAGUAGCAGAGAGGAUCACAGUGGCUUUAAAAUGUUUUACAGCACUCUGCUUUUCUUUGCACGGAGAAGAUACACGUCAUCUUAUAUGGACCCACGCUGAGGAUCUGUUCCCCUCGAUUUAGCAAGUACUUCUUCGCUGGAAAUAGGAAUAUCUUGAAUGAAUUAGAUCUAUUGAAUCAGUGGAUGUUGACUGGGACAAUGAAAGUACACUUACUGCUGUUUUUCCGAGUAUUAAAUAUCCAGUAAUCGCCAAGAAAUGGUAUUUUAUAAUGUAAACAGAACAGAAAAAUCGUAAUUAUUUAUGUUUCGUGACAUUAGUGGGCUAGUCAUUGCAUUGAGUUGAUUUUAAUUGUAAGAGACAGCAGCUGCAUCUCUCAGAGAUGGAUGAAGUGGUUAUGGAUCAGAUCAUGUAUGCUGUUUAUCAAGCGGUGUCUUGGAUCGCAUCUGUUGCCAUCAUAUUUGGAGGGGUGGUGCCAUACAUCCCUCAGUACAGGGACAUCCGCAGGACCCAGAAUGCAGAGGGGUUCUCCACAUAUGUGUGUCUGGUGCUGCUGGUGGCCAACAUACUGAGAAUACUCUUUAGGUUUGGACGUUACUUUGAGACUCCGCUGCUUUGGCAGAGUAUAAUCAUGAUCAUGACGAUGUUAAUCAUGCUGAACCUGUGCACCAGCGUCCGCAUGGCCACUGAACUCAGCACCAAACGCCGCUCCUUCUCAGCAACAGACAGUAAGGAUGAAGAUAUCAAAGUUCCUAAGAGGCUCUUUCUGGACUUUGACUGGAACUACUUCUGGUCUUGGAGUCGUUUUGUGGAUUACCUGCAGUGUGUGCUGGCGUUCACAGUGCUGGCCGCCUAUGUGACGUAUCUGCUUCUGGACUCAGUUCUGUUCGUAGAGAGCCUGGGUUUCCUGGCCGUAUUCACAGAGGCCAUGCUGGGAACUCCACAGCUCUACUGCAACUACCAGAACAAAUCUACUGAAGGCAUGAGUAUUAAGAUGGUGUUGAUGUGGACCAGUGGAGACACUUUCAAGACCGGUUACUUCCUGUUGACUCAGGCUCCCGUGCAGUUCUGGAUCUGCGGCCUCCUUCAGGUGUGCGUGGACUUUGCCAUUCUCUUCCAAGUCUACUACUACAGCCGCUACCCACAGAAGCCCAUCUCACACACCACACACACCACCAGCGCCAAGGCCCUAUGAAACACCCUCGCUUCACACAGUGUGCUCAAAUCUAUAUUACGAUGCAUACAUCUGAAUACACACAGGAUCAUCAUCACAGCGGCCCCAAAAUGUAUGUACAUUGUACUUAAAUAUGUAUGAAUGCCAUUGCGAUUGACACACAGCAUCAAACUAUGAUGCUAGAUCUUUUCUCAAAAUUGACUUUUUUAGUGCUUCUUUUAUCUUUUCUUCAAAUGAAUGCAACAUUUUUUUUAUGUUUCAUGUAACCCUUUAAAGUUUAAACCAUCCAGGAUGUAGAUGAGUUUGUUUCUUCAUCAGAUUUGGAGAAUUGUAGCAUUGCAUCACUUGCUCACCAGUGAAUGGGUGCCGUCAGAACGAGAAUCCAAACAACACAAUAAUCCACAUCACUCCAGUCCAUCAGUUAAUGUCUUGUGAAGUGAAAAGCUGUGUUUUUGUAAUCAUUAAGACUUUAUAACUUUAAACCGGUUGGAAUACAAGUGCAUAAUCCAUAUUAUUGUCCUGUCACAUCAAAAUCCUCCCACAUUUGUUUUAACUGUUUUUGCUCGUAAACACCGUUUGAUCUGUGCAUAUUUCUCUCCUGAUUCAGACUAAAUUACUUUUUCACUGAAAUGCAAUAUUAUGGAUAGAAGAUUUGUAUUUUAUUUGGUUUGAUGUUAAAUAUAUCAGAUGGACUGGAGUGGUGUGGAUUACUCUGAUGUUUUUAUCAGCUGUUUGGACUCUCAUUCUGACGGCACCCAUUCACUGCAGAGGAUCCACUGGUGAGCAAGUGAUGUAAUGCUACAUUUAUACAAAUCUGAUGAAGAAACAAACUCAACUACAUCUUGGAUGUUCUGGGGGUGAGUAGAUUUUCAUUUUUGGUUGAACUAUUCCUUGAAGUGUUCUGAUUUUUUUGGGGCCACUGUAUAAAUAUACAUUGAACCAACUUUUACAUGCAAUAUUAUAAAGAUAUGCAGUUAUAUUUACACAUGUGCAUUCAUAUACAAGCUAGCCCAAGGUAAUCAAUAUGGUUAUGAAAACAUUUGCCUUACAGACUUUCAGAAUGACCUGAAAAGUGUCUGACUUCAGAUGGAUGAAUGUAAAAGCUUUUGUUAUAAGAGAUUAAUACAGUUAAUGUUGUUUCAUCUGGAGAAGACUGGUUUUACCUCAGUAGCCUGCUGGAGUGUUUCACGCAGGGAAGGCCAAAUGAAGAGCAUUUGAACCAAAAAAAAUAAAAAUUCACCCUCUCUUCUUUUGGUAUUUAGGAGUCUUCCCCAAAUGUUAUUUUUGGAGAUAUGUGUACCUGUCCAAGUUUAUUUACAUUUCGUUUCAGUUAUUAUGACAAAAUACGAAGUCCUUGAAUUCAUAUAGUGACUUUGAUCUCAAAGUUUGACUUAAAGUACAGUAUUUACAUCAUAUUUGGCUUUAAUUUAAAGACGUGUGGCUUCAAGGCCAAGUGAUACAAACGUCCAGUGAGCCAUCAGUCCUGAAUAUGGCAAUACACUGAAAAAAAAUCACUUUCUUCAACAGUAUUUGUCAUUUUCCAGUAAAAAAAAAAAAAAAAAAAAGUUUUUUAUGUAUCUAAUAAUUAUUAGUAGUAGUAUUAUUAGUUUUAACACAUUAUCAUGUUUUGGCUUAUGAUUAAAGAUUGAUGUAUGGUUUAAUUUAUUUUUAUUUUUAUUUGACAAGACAAUUACUUUAGCAAGAAAACUUUUUUUACAUACAUUUACAUACAGCAAAGAAUUUAUAUAUGUAUAUAUAUGCACGUUAUCUUGUUUUGGCCUAUGCUUAAAGUUUUAUGCUUUUUUUAUCUUUUUUUCCAAAUAAUGGAGAAUGUAUCUUCUCACCUACAUAUUUUUAAAUUUGCUUUUACGUUUAAUCAUCUUUAUUACACCAUUUAACCUUUUUUUUCAGGAAAAUAUGACAAAUACUUUUUUAGAAAAUGAAUAUUUGCUGAUUAAUUCUGGUCCAGUACUUCUAGUCUGGGAUGUUACAUGCCAGUAAAUGUUAGUGAGUGAGGUGCUGCUUCACACUGUGUUUAAUGAGGAACAGUCUGACACAAUUUAUGGCUUUUGAUGAGAUAUUUGAUACGACAAGUUGUGACUUUCUUUGUAUCUAGAUCCUAUAAAGAGCUGAUAAAAGGACUGAUCCUAGAAAACCUCAGAUAAAUCUCAACCCUUUUAGAAUAGAAAGACAAGAGGGUUAUCUUUUAAAGGACAACCAUUUUUUAUUACUAUCGCUGUUAAUGUUUUUUUUUUACCUGCUAGAGAUAUCAUGUAUUUGAAUUGAGCUUCAUUUAAAUAUAUAUUGUUUCUCUCUAUGCUGUAUUUUGCUUUAUGGUUUGUUUUUACUUCUGUUGUCUUUAUUUAAACGGUCUUCUGUUUAAUGUUCUUGCCAACUGAUGUACUCUGGUUCCCAUGAUGAAAUAUAGGUUUACUGUCUCCCUGCACUCCAUGCAUUACUGAUACUCGCAGUUACUGAGUGCUGUCUUUGUUUACUCUGUUUAGCCAAAUCUUCUGUUUACGUUAAGUUGGAUACUUUUUGUUACAUAUAGACAAUGCUAGCUUUUAUAGCAAGUUUUGUUAAUAAACAUUUUUUUUUAAAAUAUGUAUGCUGUCCUAUAUUUAAUUUAAAAGAUGGUUGGAAUUUUUCCGUGCAUUACUGUAGUCAUGCUUGAAGUCUCAGGUUGUGGGCAUUUCAGCCUGUUUUUCAAGGUUUAAUUGUACAGGCAUUGACCCAGUUGUAUUAAAAUAGCAGCCUGAGAGUGCAUUCAUUACA